CGGGCCAAAGAAGGAACGGGUUGGCGAAAGAGUGAGGGAAAAGUGCGGAGCGUGAGAGCGCGUGCGUGGUGGCCACUUCAGGAAAACGUUGCGGGCUGCUUGCGCUGUUGCGAUGGUCGACGAGCAUCAGUGCCAGCGUCGCAGCGCAUCGCAGCGCAGGCAGGCAGGCAGGCAGGCAGGCACACAGAGCUCACAGUGCCGCAGCACGCACGGAAGGAAAGGUGAGGCCAGGCCCGGCCAGGCCAGCCAGCGAGCGAGUGCGAGACAGGGGAAGGGAUCAGAUCCCAGGCCUGGGAAGGCGUGGGACGGGACCGGGACGGAGCGGACAUCGUACAGACGCAGAGGGAGGGAGGGAUCGAGCGAGCGAGCGAGCGAGAGAGAGCCGAGAUUGAGUUCGAUUGAGUGAAAGAGUGAGUCAGUGAGCGAGCGAGCGAGCGAGUGAUUCAACGCAUGCAUGCAUGAGCGGUCGAGCAUCCGCGGUCUGGGCGGGCAGGGUUGGGAAUCAGAGGGCAGGACCGUGAACCUGAAACAGCGACAGCAGCAACAAGAUUAACAAGAUUUGGAGUCGCGAUGAAAGAGGAGCGGAGGAGGAGCAGUGGAGCGAAGGGCGGAAGAUAGAAGCGCACAGUGCUGUACCUUCACUGUGGGCGAGUGGGAGAGGGAGAGGGAGUGGGGAGAGGGCAAACGAACUGGAUCGUGACGCCCGUUUGGUUUGGUUGGUCGGUUGAAGAGGAGGAUCGCGGGCUCUAAGUGCUACGGAAACAUUGCUUUCAGGAGGAAAGCAGGCGACAUACCACGGUUAUUGCAUCUUGCUGGGUCCUGCCUGGAGUUGUGGCCUUCAACCCUACGUCGAGCUGUGUCUUGUAAAUGUAGAAAAGGCGUAGUGCUUGGCAAGUAGAUUCGGAAGCCAUGACUACGCAUCAGGCAUGAUUGAACGGGCAGCUGUGUUCACAUGCAAUGAGAGGAAACUGCCCUAGUUUAUGGGUUGAGUGAAAGAAGUGACUACUGAGCACUGAUGGGACCGAUUUUUUGCACCCUUGUGUUCCAGCAGGGAACUGACCCUGGUAAAGGCUCGUGGUGUUGUCGUCCUCUGCAAUUUAUAGGGUGGUUGGACAGUAGAGUUCAAAAAUCUAGCUUCCCUUACAUGGCCUUCAGAGUGUGUAGAUAAACCUUGAAUUUACAAUCGCUUACAGUGACAUCUUCUAGAAACCGGGACUAUAUGUUUGAAUUCUACUUCUGUCCAUGUUACCGAAAUUGAGAGACGUGAUCAGACCUCAGAGGGAUUGUCUUGCGAGCGAGUUACCAAUUUCGACGGUGGCGCUGGGUCUGUAGGCGAUAUAAAAAAAUCCAUUUUUUUUUGUGGAUGAAGUAUGUAAUGGCCGAGAGGCAGAGUGUGAACGAUGUGGAAAAGCCGCCAAACCAUCUGAAUCAAACGACAGAAGAAGUUGCAAGAGCUGCAGUAGCAGCGGCUGCGGCAGUUCGUCCCCGCCCAUCAAUUGUUGUGUCGUCAAAGUAUCAGAGUGCGAACAAUUUCCACAAAUGGCGGAGAUCGUUGCAAAAGGCUUUCAAGUGGGGCACCGGCACACGGGAGCGAGAUAGAAGGAAUCUCUUCAAUCCUGAACUUUUAACUCGACAAAAGCGCCAGUGGAGUGAAUUGCAGUUGCAAGCUUUGGAAAAGAAGCAGACAAAGAAGGAACGUGUUUGUUUUUUUGAACACUUCGUUGUGGUGGGGUUACACCCAAGUGCAAAUGUGGAGGCAACUGAAGUCGCUUUCGCGAAGAAGAAAGCCUGGCAAAGAGAUUCUGAGCGCUCAGAAUGGCUUGGAGGUGAUGCUAAAACUCAGCAUCGAGGGCCACCUCAGCCCACCUUAGAACCUCAGGUCCUAUUCAAGUACCCCCCUGGCAAGCGGCUCCCUCUGAAAAGUAAAGAUUUGCCUGCGUUCUGUUUCCCAAGCGGGGUUGAGGCUCGGCUUAUGGAAAGAACGCCAUCAAUGAGCGAGCUAAACGAGGUCAUGUACGGACAGAGCCAUCAGAAAAGGGAUGAUCAGUCUUUCAUCUUUUUACUAAAAGUUGCAGAUAAUGUAACUCUCUAUGGAGUAUGUGUGCUGGUAACAGAAAUUGUUCAGCGGUUGCCAGGAAUUUUGGCGAUGAACACAGCUCAGUCACCACCUCGAUCACAACCAAGCCGGUUCCUGGUGUCGGCACCUCGCUGCUAUUGCUUUCUGACGAAACUUCCAUUCUUUAAUUUGCACUUCGAAGUUUUGAACAGCAUUAUUGCACAGGAGCGUUUGGACAGAAUAACGCAGUGUGUGAACGAGAUGACAUUAGCACAGCACGUGCCAUCGAUGGUGGAAGCCGUGAGCAAAGGUAGCUUAUCGUCCCCUGGAAAUGAGGAUGAUCCUGACGGGUGGAUGGAAAGUGCAAUUCCGGUAGACAGCGUCCUUGGAGCUACUGCAGCUGCGGCAGGUUUAAUAUCUGAGAAGGAUGUUCCGUCCUUUUCCUCAAAAAGCUCUGGUCCUCUGUCACCUGAUGGUCAUCUAACUUCUUUGUCACCCACUUCCGUGACUGGCGCUGACGGCAAGGACAGCAAUGGGUACAGAGAUACUGACAACGUUCUUCCCGAGGAGGAAAGGCAAGAAGGAGAAGAUCAAGGGCUCAAUAGUAUGGGUAGACUAGCAGUAGAACUGAAAAACAUUGGCAACGGUUCUAAGAUGGUUCCGAGCUCUUCAGAGAGGGAACUUGUGAGAAUGGGCCAUGAGCGGAUGGAGAGUUCUGAAUCCAUAUACAGCGUGUUUGAGAGCUCCGUCAGAAGCAUGGACUCGGAUGAUGACGGUGGAGAUGAUGAGACUUCUCCAUUUACGGAAGAGGAUUGCUAUGGUUCUCAGGCCGUACUUUCUUGGGCUGAGGCCAACAACAACGAUUCGUUGCGACUCGUUUGUGCAUAUCACCGGACACCUGUUCCAAAAAGAGGCGAGACAACCGUUUUUCACCCCUUAGAGCAUCUUCAACCCAUGAACUUCAGCAGAUCUGGAGAAAUUCCAGCAUCACUCAUGGGCAUUAGACUUAUGGAUCGUCAUGCCUGCCGGACCAGCUUGGAAGUUGCUGAGGUCCAAGCAGCUGUUAUGGCAGGAGAGGAAGCUUUGUCAAUCUCGACAUGGGCUGUUGCCACCGUAUGUCGAGCACUCUCACUUGACAAUGUUUUGACACUUUUUGCGGGAGCAUUGUUAGAGAAGCAGAUGGUUGUCAUCUGCCCAAACUUGGGUGUAUUAUCUGCGGUGGUAAUGUCAUUGAUACCCAUGAUUCGACCGUACGAAUGGCAGAGUCUCCUCUUACCGAUUCUACCCAAUAAGAUGUUGGACUUUCUCGAAGCACCCGUUCCUUUCAUUGUAGGUGUUCAGCACAAGACUCAUGAAGUCCGUGUGAAGUCAGCAAAUCUUAUUCGGGUCAACGUGUACAAAGAUAAGGUAACAGCAUCGUAUAUGCCACAGCUACCUCGUCAUAGAGAGCUGUUUUCUACUUUGGAACCUUAUUACAACAAACUAGCUGCUGAGCAGAGUGUUGCGAAACGGCACCCGAUUCACGAGUUUAACGAAGUGCAAGCCCAGGCAUCUGAAGGUUUUCUUGCAGUGCUACAAAACUACCUGGAAUCCUUGUGUAUGGAUUUGAGGGCGCAUACCAUAACGAAUGUCCAGUCCAACGAUGACAAGGUCUCACUGUUGCUGAAGGAAAGCUUCAUUGAUUCAUUCGGGAGUCGAGAUCGUCCGUUCAUCAAGCUUUUUGCAGAUACACAGCUAUUUUCAGUCUACACCGAUGCUGUUUUGUCAAGCUAUCAAAAUAGCUAGCUUUGGAGGGAGCAUCUGAUACCCUUGUUGCUCUUGCUGAUAAUCCCUGUACACUAGUUUAUACAUUCAUUUUUUCUUUCUAAACCCUUAAUGGGUGAAUAUGCACUCAUCGGGAAUCUUAGGGUCGGUCCCAUCAUACAAUAGACAGAAUAUUCCUGCCAGUUAGAAUCCGAUCAACUACAUGAAUCCAAGUGUGAUCCGCGUUCAACACUUAGAAUUGAAUUUUAACCUGUCAUGCAAUGUAAUGCCGAUCUUCUUUCCGGUCUUGGUGGAGAGUGAGUAAUGGUCCUAUGUAAUUAGUAGGGACAGUAAGAACUCCAUCAUGGCUGUGAGGAACUUCAGCACUUCUGUCACAUCUCCUAUCGAAGUGCAGCCAAGGGUCUUUUAAGCAAGCACAGAAGGGUGAUUUUGCACCUUACAGCUUUUGCAGGUGCUCAAAGCGUUUCUCAUAGGGAUCAUUCCGAGCUUCUAGUCAGAGUGAUCAUUGGGUAAUAGAUGAUCUUGCUGUCGGAAUGAUCGUUGUUUUUCGUAGAGCUAGAGUGUAAGAGUAGCCAUCGAAAUGCGUCAUCUAUGUCACGCAUUUUUUUUCACAUGUUGAGCUCGUCCGGUUCUGUCCAGAAGAACUGGACAACAAAUGCCAUUUUCAAAGAGCAAAGCAUGUUGCUGUUUGUUCCGUAUCAAAUGCUGAUUUUCCAACAGCUUAUCACGUCCAUGAUUUAUAUUUCAGACUGAGUAUAGGAAGUUCAUUCUGUCUUCUGGGUUGGUCGAUAGUUUUUUCUUUGGUGCAUACUUUCUUACUUUUCUCGUAGUGCGUCGAGUCCAAGUCCUUUUAUUGCACAUGUUUUAAGUACAACUGCCAUCUACUUCUAGUGGCGUGUAUAUUAGAUGUAGAAUAAAGGCUAUAUUUUGUAAGUUUUACAGUUUCGAGCCAACGUUGUUAUUAGUUCUUACAUAGUGUAACGUAGAUGUUGCUUGAUGUAGUUAGGACUUUGUCACACCGCUUGCUGAACAGGACAAAUUGCAACAUUCUGCGGCCGUACAUUUCCGGGAAAUUUACGUUUUACGUUUUACU